AUGCGGAGUAACGUUUCUCUCGGCAAUAACGAAAUGACAGUUUCGAGAUUGACGCUGAUCGGCACGUACGGCAUUGAAGAGAAUUACAUUUUGUAUUCUGACGACGGAUUUUACCGACGGCGGAUUUUUAUCGACGCGCCGGAUGGACUCGCGCUUCGCGGCAAAUCCGUCGUGUGGCGCACAUCGCGCAGUCGCCAUCUUAGAGUCGCGUCGUUUCGAAGCAGCUCCGGUCGGCUCCGCGCUGCUCCGCGUUUCGCCGAUCCUUUCGUAUCGAAAAAUCAUGUCGCGCUUGUAGCGAGAGCACAUCCCGAGAAGGAUCGCCGCAAGCCGGACGUCAGCAGCAAAUCAUCCCCGUUGGAGACUCACGAGAGGAUAAGCGGAAGGAUCAUCUCGUUAUCCCCAUCGUUCCCGAAAGGCAUCGUGGCGACGAGAGGGAAUUGCUGGGCAAGGUAUUGGCUGGACGAUCAUUGCGACGCUAAGAUCUCCUCGUCCUUCCCUAGACGUGCGACACGUGCGUCUCUCCCUUCCUUCGCCGGACUGGAAAUGAGAAACGCCGAGGGCGAGGCUUGUUUCGCCGUGUUUGGAUGAACGGAAAACGCGAGGGGAUCGAAGGAAUUCGGUCGAGUAAUUGAGUAUUGCAACGGCGUUCUAGAAUUCGAAGAAAGAAAGACUUUGAGAAAUUACUGAAACUUCUCAGAACAGAAGAAGAAACGUGCAGUGAUCCAAACUGAAUCUCGGGGAGGCCGCAUAAGGUUAAUAAUUUGCGAGCAACGAUAUAAAAGAAGUACCGGCCGAGCCGCGAGGUAUCGGUGCCGCGUAUUCCGCAGCUGUCGCGUUAUUUAAUAUGUCGGCGAGCGUGUCAAGCAGUGCUUCUUCACAUCCUUUCUUCCCCAGCUUCUCUUUUGUGUCUUCCUACUUCCAACGCCUUUCACUGUCUCGCGCUCACAUGCGUGCGUUCGCACGCGACGACGCCAGAGCGUAAAUUUCGACCGUUUUAGUGGAUCUCAUUUCGCAAACACGAUGUGUCUGGAAUUUCCAGCUUUCUUUCGUGUAUUUUGCAAUCUCGUGUCUGUUUCGCUGCUCGUUAAUUGCCCUUUCACCUUCUAUUUCUUAUACGAUUAUAACAAAAGUUAAAACAGUAAUUUCACGAUACGAGAAAAACGAUACGUGUAUAAAAUGUAACGAGUAACAAUAUACCAUAGUAAAAUCAUUACAAUAUUAUUGUUGUGAAUGAUUUAUGACCGUGUCCCCCCAAGGGAUAUUAUCGCGACCUAAUUAUUUGCGACUUAUUAUACGUUCACUGUACAUAUGAUUAUUACGUAUCGGUAAUAGUAUUAUCAUCUAUUUCCCGUCAAUCUCACCUCUGCCGUCGUUCGCGUCGACUAUCCCCGAGCGUAAUGAACGUAAUUCAUGUAAUAGAAUGUAAUAGGUGAACGCGUUGGUCUCAUCGCUAUUGCUGUGAUCUUGAACGGAUUCUUUGUACGGUACUCAAGGAUAUGAUCGACAGAAGUAUCAUCGAUCGACGACCAGAGUUCAUUAGAGUACGCUUCCGGCACGUAUUUAUAAAUCGACAGAGAAUAUUCUCUGAGAAAUCGAUGGAUAUUACGUACGAAUGCAUAUGAAGGAAUAGCUGAAUAGAUACGAUGCGUAAAUCUAUUAUCUUAACGUUUCCUAUCUUCUUACGCAGCAUAAAAUGCAUUUUGCCACUAAUGAAAUUUCAAAUUUCCUCGAAAUUUGUCGGUGUAAUUGAACGGCUAGGUGGAAACGGCUAUAAUGAUAUAUACGUAGCGAUUGAAUUGUUGAUCGAGUUAUUGAUCAUUUGCGUCGAGUUAUAUAUUUCCCUUCAACGCAUUGUAAUGUACGUAUUGUAAUAUAUUUUACGAUCUACGAGCGGCCAUAUAACAUAUUACGCAAUGUAAUCACGGACUAGGACGAAAAGAAAGACUCUACAUUCGGCUUUCACUAUUGCACAGCGUCACGCUGACGAUCGCAUUGGAGCGUAAAUAUUAUACAGUCGCGUUCAACUGAGCAUUCUUCGAUAUCUUACACGGCGCUAUCUUACAUUCUCUUAUCGCGCGCGGGAGGCUGUAUCCCGAAGAUCUUCCACCGCUGUAAAAAUUCGAACCGGCGCCAAUUACCGCCUCGCACGUAAAUCUUCUUCCCGUGGACCGAAUGCAGCCUUCGCUCGCGUGACUGAAAUCCGAAAGAAUUUUUAUACCCUAUAAUUGUGGGAAGGAAGAUCCGUGGCGCGGGCGGCUCUUUCGCAUCGAUUUCGCGCCGGAGAUCGUCUGAUGGCCGUCUUUAACUCUUUGCGAAUCGCGCCGGCCAAUUUCGUAGAUUGGCGAGCGAUCUGUUCGAGACUUUAUUAACGUUUUCAAGACCUUUCCAUUGUUGGAGCCCACAGAAGGCAUAUGCCUUCGAUCUUUUGGUCGUCUAUCAAUUCCAUUUUAAUAAAUUAAAAGAAAAUGGGAUUGAAUAAUUAAAACGUUUUUUAAAUUAUAUAACGUUUUCAGAACUUGGAAGAGUCAAGACCUUGUGCAAACAAAAUAAAAGAUAGCUCAUGUAUCUCGUUACAUUCGAACAUCUUAUUGUUAGUCUUAAUGAGCAAAAAUAUCAUUAGUUUGAUGUUUAUGAUAUUAACGACGUUUAUUUAACACUUAUAAAGAUGGCUGCACGGCGUUUUUCUGCAUUCUGUGCUACUGACAGGUACUUACCCGGAGCGAUUCUCGGGAAGGCCUUCGGAAGGUUGCGAUCCUGUUCGCUUUCGCUUUGUAUAGCGCGUGCGUGCGUGCGUGCGUGCCUGCGUGCAAAAUAUUCUCCUCUAUUGCCAAGAGCUAUAACAAUUCACGUUGUGCGACACCAUAUGUAUACAUUGUACGUUCAUUAGAAAUUCCUUCACGUUCCCUGCCUUCCGGUCGGUGCCUCGACGCCGUUAUCGUAUUUAGAAAAUUCUUUUUGUCAUGUAUAUCAAAUAGAGAGUAACGUUCGUUGAAAUUAAAAUACAUGUAGGAACUGUAAUUUAAAAGAUAUCAAAAAUAUUAGAAAUAUUAUUAGGAAUUUGUCAAUUGUUUCCGAAAAAUAUACGAUGACUAUUGAUAUUUAUGUUAUCAACAAAAUCGACGAUUAUUUUAU